AUGUUACUCAAAGCACACGCGCUUGGUAGGAAAGCGUGUCGUAGUUUGUUGCACUGUCAAAGGUCAGGAGUCGCCUGCGUCGGGAAAGGGACAGUUUGGCUCCAGUGGCUCACGUGCAGAGAUUUCCACGUCUCCUGCCAACGAUGUAUCACCAUGCCAUCCUGGGUGAUUGACCGUUAUGGGAAAAAUGAUGUGCUACGAUUUACGAAUGACAUGAUGCUCCCUAUAAUCCACUUACCCAAUGAAGUCAUUAUUAAAGUCCAUGCUGCAAGUUUAAAUCCCAUAGAUGUUAACAUGCGAAGUGGCUAUGGAGCUUCUGCUUUAAGAAUGAAGCGAGAUCCUCUGCACAUUAAAACCUCAGGCAGUGAAUUUCCACUAACGCUUGGCCGGGAUGUUUCUGGCAGAGUUAUGGAAUGUGGACUAAAUGUGUCAUAUUUUAAACCUGGAGAUGAGGUAUGGGCAGCCAUUCCUCCCUGGAAGCAAGGCACUUUGUCAGAGUUUGUAGUGGCAAGUGGAAAUGAGAUAUCUCGAAAGCCCCGGUCACUCAGUCACACGGAGGCUGCUUCCUUGCCUUACGUUGGUCUAACAGCAUGGUCUGCGAUAAGACAGGUUGGGGGUCUGAAGGAGGGUAAUUGCAGCAAUAAACGGAUAUUGAUCUUUGGUGCAUCGGGUGGUGUAGGUACCUUCGCUAUACAGCUGAUGAAAGCCUGGGGCGCUCAUGUGACUGCAGUUUGUUCUCAGGAUGCCAGUAAAUUAGUGCAACGUCUUGGUGCGGACGAUGUCGUUGAUUAUAAAUCUGGAAAUGUAGAAGAACAGCUGAAAGCUUUGCCACCAUUUGAUUUCAUCCUAGAUAACAUUGGUGGAUCUACUGAGGAAUGGGCCCCUGGGCUUCUGAAAAAGUGGUCAGGGGCCACAUAUGUCUCUCUAGUAACACCCUUCUUAGUGAAUGUGGAUAGACUUGGUGUAGCUGAUGGGAUGUUACAGACCGGAAUGACUAUUGGUACAAAGGCUGUAAAGCAUCUUUGUAAAGGGAUCCAUUACCGGUGGGCAUUUUUUGCACCAAGUGGUCCAUAUCUGGAUGAAAUAGCUAGUCUUGUUGAUGCAGGGAAGAUCCAUCCAGUUAUUGAUCAAGUCUUCUCAUUUGCUGAUGUUCCCAAGGCUUUCCAGAAAGUGGAAGAAGGACAUGCACGUGGAAAAACAGUGAUCAAUGUACCUAAUAAAAAAUAAUGUAUUAA